UGAACGUCUUGGAAAAUAAGUAAACAAACUCAAGUAUACAACAAACAUCCCCAAAAUGAUCGUUAAUACAAUUGACAAGAAAGACUGACAUCAUGUACAGACGAUAUCGGACGGCAGAGAAUCAAGAAAAACGGGAAAAAGCUAAAGCCAAGGAAAUAGUUGCUGCCUGCUGGGAGCUUAUAGAGGAACAAUGCAAAAACAACGAAAAUGUUGGUACAAAGAACUCUUCAGAGGAAUCUGUGGAGGGUCCAUGGAGGAUUGUGAGAGUUUUUGUGUCAUCAACAUUUACUGAUUUCUUCUGUGAAAGAGAGGUUUUAGUUAAAAAGGUGUUUCCCGAGUUGAGGGAAUGGUGUGAGGAGAGGAUGAUUCAUCUUGUUGAGUGUGAUCUAAGAUGGGGGGUACCAAAGGAUACUGACUCAGAGGAAACAAUUCAGUGUUGCUUAGAGGAACUAGACCGGUGUCAUGCUGAGACUAACGGAUGCCCUUUCUUUAUCAAUUUGUUGGGUGAAAGGUAUGGCUGGAUUCCAGAGGGGAAAGAUCUUGGAAAUGAUUUAAAAGAACUGUAUAUGUGGGUACCCAACACUUCAAUCACUUUCAUGGAGAUUCUCCAUGGGGCAUAUAGGUCAUGUAAUCCUAAUGCAGUAUUUUUCUUCCGUAAUUCUGAGGUCAUAAAUGAUAUUCCAGAAGAUUUUCAAAAAAGAUUUGUUGACAAAGAAAUCUUGAAUAAAUGUCAAUUGAAGGAGUUGAAAAAACAGCUCAAAAUAAAAUUUCCAAAUCAGGUUUUUAAUUAUGACUGUAAAUAUAGUGGAAUGUCAGAGAAAGCAGGAAGAAAGAGAGUGAUACUGGAGGGUCUAGACACAUUUGCAGAGAAAACAUUGACAUUUUUCAAAUCAAGAAUUUCACAAUUUUAUCCAGACUCAAACACAACAAAAGCAGGAAAUGACAAAGCUUUAGAACACCAAGAACAAAUACAAUUUAUGGAGAGGAAAGCCCAUUUUGUUAUUGGACAGGAUGAAUUGAUAGAUAAAUUGUUGGCAUAUGCUAAAGGCAAGGAUCCCAUUGAUUACAAAAUAGAAGGGGAACAAACAGCAUUUGUUCGGGACCCUGAAUUCUGGAAAUCUGAGGAUGGCGAUAAUUUGAUGGUUUGCUUGUCUGGAGCAGUAGGGCAAGGAAAAACAUCUUUACUGGCAAAGUUAGUCAAAAAAGCUUUGAAGGUGGGAUUGAACGUAUUUUACCAUUUUGCUGGUAUCUCUGAAAAUAGUGUUCAGAGAAAUAUUUUACUGAAGCGAUUGGCAGAAUUCAUCACAGGAGAACAAAUAGAUAUUCCAGAAGACACCAACGAUGUUACAGAGUUCUUCAUGAAAGUGAUUAGGGAAGAGUUCACAAAACUGCGUCAAAUAGAAAACCAAAUAUUGAUUGUUUUGGACGGUAUGAACGAAUUAGCAGAUCGAGACCAAUACAAACAUUUAAACUGGUUGCCUCCUCGUUUUCCCGGCAAUGUUCGAGCCAUUGUUUCAACAUCAAGCGAUCACUUACCCACACUCCACCGACUGAAGGAACACACUUGUUUUCUCAUAAAUAUUCCUCAGUUAAAAAAGUCAGAAGCCAAAGAAGUCAUCGCGCAGUACCUUAUCAUGUUUAAUAAGAAACUGGACAAUGACCAAAUGGACAUAAUAUUGUCUAAACCUAGCUCAUUAAAUCCACUGUGGUUGACUCUUCUAGCAGAGCAAUUAAGAACAUUUGGAGAUUUCCGAACACUGGAUCAGCACAUACAGUCGCUAUCUGACUCUGUGGAUGGGCUGCUAGAAGGCAUACUCAGAGAUGUAGUCGCAUAUGACGACAGUGGGAAAAUGGAAAAGGCAUUGUGUAUUUUGGCCAUAACACAGGGUUUGCCUGAGAUCGAUAUGCAGAACAUUUUAGGGGACAUGGAUAUACAAGAGCCAAUUCCUGCGUUGUAUUGGUCUAAAAUACGCAGAGUUCUAAAGCCUUUCACAUACAUGGCAGGUGUGGAUAGGAAUAUGAGAUUCAUUCAUGGGACAUUUUAUGAAAACAUAGAAAAGCUGUAUCUGAGCGAUAAAAAGGCACAGAUCAUGUACCACACUGUCGUAGUCGACUAUCUCAUGUUCUGGUGUGCAAAUAAUAUCGUUAAAAGAUUGAAGGUGCCAUUUCAUUGUCAACGUGCAGAGUUAUAUGAUAAAUUGGUUGAUUUCAUGCAUCAUUCAGAGAGUGCAGCGAUGUUAGGUGAUUACAUGAGAAGCAUGUAUUUACAGUCGGCACGCUGUAUGCAAAUAGCAGAUCCGGUGUUAAAGGUCACGAUGCCAGUAGUUCUGUGUCGAGGAUGUUCCAACGCAUACCGGGGAUUUAAAGCAACGCACUAUCCUCUGAAUAAAGACGCAUGCGUCAUUUGUGGCACUUACGUUUUUGGACACAGAGUUUCGGAGGCAUAUCUCUGCUUACGACAUUCUCAAGGUCAAAGUAAAUUGUUAGGGAAAUGUCGCCUUUGUGAUAUGGCAAUCAGGAAAGACGAGAAUGGUAGAAUAGCAGAUUUUAUGGGGUGUCCGGGAAAGUUGUGUAUCCAUUGUUCAAGUGGAAUCGGAGCAAAGCGAUGUUCAUACAUAGGAAAAAGAAAAUGAACUUUAUAACAUUAGCUGGGUUUAAUUCUGAUCGUAUCAGACUAUAAGACAUUCUUUUGAAAUAAAAACUAUACCUAUGCUUCCCUCAUUACGUUUAAAGUUAAUAUUACUUUAAAAAUUGUUUUGAUAAUCGUGCACUGGGCUGAGGUUUUACA